GUCCGCCGCGACGUUAGGGAGGUCGAAAUUACGUCGCUUCGACGACCGGCGACAUCGCUCGUCUCGGACCAUUUUUUCCGAACCUCACGUAAGGCUCAAGGAUCAUUUACAUGCUCCCCUGGUCUCACCAAUCGGAUCGGUCGCCCCUAGAAAAUUUUCGGUUGACUUCUAAAAUCUGGUGAUGCGAGAGUUGUGCCUCCCUGUAAUAAACAAAUUAUUAAAUUAAUAAAUGAUUGAAGUUUAUAUAUAUAUAUAUAUAUAUAUAGAAAAUGUAUUAAUCUUUAUGGGAAUUAAAUUUCGUUUAUAACAAUUGUGAAAGCGAUGUUUCGACGUCCGAGGUAACGAGCAACGAAUGUUCCAACGAAGAGAGGUGAUCACCCCGCGCGAUUGAACAAAAAGCCGCUGAUCUUGUAGAUCGGCAGAGAGAGAGAGAGAGAGUCAAAGCAGAGCAGAGGUAGAAAUAGAAGACCAGUGAAGUUGGGCGGAAAUCGAUGGCCAUCAGCGCCCAUGGGCGGCCUCGCGUUUAGGACAAGGAAUAGCCCCUCCCAGAAGACCUCGCUCCGGUGGGGUGACUGCUGUCCCCCAAACUCCAAUCCCCCGUCGUCGUCGUCGGUUCUGCGGAAAGGUCCUCACCAGGAAAUGCCGCCUCUGCCCGUGUGAGGUUGUCCCCCGCUGUUGCGUGCCUGUACUCCACGGGGUCUUCAGAGGUUUCCAAACGUUCCCAAAUCAGAUCGCAUACCGAACCUCUCAGACUUCCGUCUCCGUCAGCUCGAGCUAACACCAGUGGAUCUCUCCUCUCCGAAGAUGAUUAACAUCGCCGGGGUUGUCUCCAUCGUCUUGUUCUACAUUCUGAUCCUGGGCGUGGGAAUAUGGGCCGCCAGGAAAAAGGAAGCCGGCAACGACUCCGAGGAAGAGGUCAUGCUGGCCGGUCGAUCGAUCGGGCUUUUUGUCGGAAUCUUCACCAUGACGGCAACCUGGGUCGGCGGGGGUUACAUCAAUGGUACCGCCGAGGCGAUUUACUCCAAGGGUCUGGUCUGGUGUCAGGCUCCUUUUGGAUAUUCUCUUAGUCUCGUUUUCGGUGGUAUAUUUUUCGCCAAUAAAAUGCGACAGCAGGGGUACGUCACGAUGCUGGAUCCUCUUCAGGACGCAUUUGGAGAACGAAUGGGCGGCCUUCUCUUCCUUCCAGCCCUUUGUGGUGAGGUUUUCUGGGCUGCAGGAAUUCUUGCCGCUCUGGGUGCCACAUUAGCAGUCAUCAUCGACAUGGACCAAGGAACGUCGGUUAUACUUAGUGCAGGAAUUGCCGUUUUCUAUACAUUAUUUGGCGGCCUCUACUCUGUCGCUUACACGGAUGUCAUCCAGCUCUUCUGCAUCUUCAUCGGAUUGUGGAUGUGCAUUCCAUUCGCAUGGAACCAUCCGACUGUUCUUCCACUCAGUUCGAUGGAUGUGGAUUGGAUAGGUGUGGUAAAACCUGAGGAGUACUGGUACUAUUUGGAUUUUGGGCUGCUACUUGUCUUUGGAGGAAUUCCUUGGCAGGUGUAUUUUCAGAGAGUCUUAUCUUCGAAAAGUGCUGGUAGGGCUCAACUUCUCAGUUACGUCGCUGCAGUUGGAUGUCUCCUCAUGGCAAUUCCUCCUGUCCUUAUUGGCGCCAUCGCCAAAGCAACUGCGUGGAAUGAAACGGGAUACACAGGACCUUAUCCCUUGACGUCUGCCGAGACAAGUAUGAUCCUGCCGAUGGUCCUUCAGUACCUGACACCAGAUUUUGUUUCGUUCUUUGGUUUAGGAGCUGUUUCUGCAGCGGUAAUGUCUUCGGCUGAUAGCAGUAUCCUUUCUGCAAGCUCCAUGUUUGCGAGGAACGUAUACAAACUCAUUUUUCGACAAAGGGCAUCGGAAAUGGAGAUCAUUUGGGUGAUGCGAUUGGGGAUCGGCGUGGUGGGAAUCCUCAGUACAGCGAUGGCCUUAACCAUACCAUCAAUUUAUGGUUUAUGGUCAAUGUGCUCAGACCUCGUAUACGUAAUUCUCUUCCCGCAACUGCUGAUGGUCGUACAUUUUAAGGACUAUUGUAACACCUACGGCAGCUUAUCUGCUUACAUAAUUGCGUUCAUGGUGAGGAUCAGCGGGGGUGAGACAGUAAUGGGACUCCCAGCUCUGAUCCACUUUCCAGGGUAUAAUGAGGAGACAAAAGAACAAAUGUUCCCUUUCAGGACAAUGGCGAUGUUAAUAUCCUUGAUAACACUGAUCGGAGUCUCCUAUGGCACUCAGGUGCUCUUUCUCUCAGGGAAGCUUGCUCCGGGUUAUGACAUUUUCAGAUGCGUCGUUAAUAUCCCCGAAGAUGUUCAGCGGGUGGGACCUGAUCCUGCCGAAGGAGAGCAAAUGUCUGUUCUUGCAGCGGGAGUGGGAAGACUCUAUGGCAGCAAGGACGAAUCGAACGGACGAGUGAAUCCAGCGCUCGAGCCGGACUACGACAUGGAACCGGGAUACAGGGCGGUUGGUACAAGUGAUGACGAAAUUGGCAGCGGGGGUGGUGGGGGCAUUGGGGCUCAUAUGGUCCCGCAUGGACCCAGCGGCCUCAGACAGCCACAGUCUAGUACGGCGUUCUAAUCCCAAGUUCCGUGAUCGGAUGCUGUGACCAACAAUAAGUCCGGCGACGCGGUGUCUUUAUUUUUCUUAACCUAAUCUGUUUCUCAUUUUUCCAUUCUAAAUUAUUAUGAUUUUCUGAUUUUAUAAGAUCAUUUGUCGUAUUUGUCGCAUCAAAUGGCAUAUCUUGCUGCUUCUGUCACUUCUUCAAUUUAUUGCAGAAUUUUAAUUUCGUACAAUCGUCUAUUAGCGAGUGUUACAUAGAUGUUUCAGAUAGUGUACCAAUUUUCUCAAAAGGUUUAUAUGUUUGCCCCAGUAAUAAUCGUGAAAGAUAAUAUCCUAUAUUACCAGCAUUGCUAAUCGAAAUAGGUGUAGAUAUGAUUACAUUUUCCCUAAAAGAGGAUUUGGCUGAUAAGAGAUUUAAAUGCAUUUUAGAGGAUAGACAACUUUUCCAAGAAAAUUGGUACGAUAUGUAUUAUUUCAGGCAAAUUUCAAAAAUCAGGCAUUAGUUUUUUUAAUGGUUUCAAGUUGAUCUAGAUUUUAUUUUCAUCAGCUUUUCCCAGAAAAUAGAUUGAGUUAUAUUAAAUUUAAUUAUGUAAAUAGCUAUCUCUGACGUCUUUUGCCACACCUAGAUUCUAAAAUUUUCGAUAAUAAUUUCUCCACACUGUUCUUUUUUUAAACUACUUCAGACCUUGUUUCUACCAUCUUCCGUAAAAGAAGCUUCGAAUCAAAAAUCCAAAAGUACAUUAUUUUAAGAAGAGCUCACUUAAGAUUUAUUUUAAUAAGGCAUAUGGUGAAUUAGUCCUAAAAUCACCUAGAAUGUAAUAACGGGGAUAAGAAAUAUAAAACAAUAUAAAAAUCAUAGAGAAAUAUAUGGACAGU